AUGUAUGAACAACAACAACAACAUCAACAACAUCAACAACAUCAACAACAUCAACAACAUCAACAACAUCAACAACAUCAACAACAUCAACAACAUCAACAACAUCAACAACAUCAACAACAUCAACAACAUCAACAACAUCAACAACAUCAACAACAUCAACAACAUCAACAACAUCAACAACAUCAACAACAUCAACAACAUCAACAACAUCAACAACAUCAACAACAUCAACAACAUCAACAACAUCAACAACAUCAACAACAUCAACAACAUCAACAACAUCAACAACAUCAACAACAUCAACAACAUCAACAACAUCAACAACAUCAACAACAUCAACAACAUCAACAACAUCAACAACAUCAACAACAUCAACAACAUCAACAACAUCAACAACAUCAACAACAUCAACAACAUCAACAACAUCAACAACAUCAACAACAUCAACAACAUCAACAACAUCAACAACAUCAACAACAUCAACAACAUCAACAACAUCAACAACAUCAACAACAUCAACAACAUCAACAACAUCAACAACAUCAACAACAUCAACAACAUCAACAACAUCAACAACAUCAACAACAUCAACAACAUCAACAACAUCAACAACAUCAACAACAUCAACAACAUCAACAACAUCAACAACAUCAACAACAUCAACAACAUCAACAACAUCAACAACAUCAACAACAUCAACAACAUCAACAACAUCAACAACAUCAACAACAUCAACAACAUCAACAACAUCAACAACAUCAACAACAUGAACAACAACAACAACAUCAACAACAUCAACAACAUCAACAACAUCAACAACAUCAACAACAUCAACAACAUCAACAACAUCAACAACAUCAACAACAUCAACAACAUCAACAACAUCAACAACAACAUCAACAACAACAUCAAAAAUCGUUAAUCCAUUUUCAAUUUUGUUACAUCAGUUACUUAAAUUAUUCUAGGGAACCCAUUUUCAAUUUUUCUUCAUCAGCUACUUCAAUAAUUGUUAAAUCUAGAGGAUCCAUUUUCAAUUUUAUUCCAUCAGCUAGGGAACCCAUUCUCAAUUUUGCUUCAUCAGCUACUUCAAUAAUUGUUAAAUAUGGAGGAUCUAUGUUCAAUUUUACUUCAUCGGCUACUUCAAUUAUUCUUAAAUACAAAGGCUAUGAUGUCAAUUUAUUUUCAUUUGCCAAGGGAUCAAUUUUAAGUCAUUAG